CUCCUUUCGACAGCUGAGCUGUGUUUAUGCAGUAUUUGGAGGUUAAAUUACAAAAAUUUAGCAGAUUUAGCAGCAAAAUAACGGAAGUAUUUAUCAAAUGCUUCCUUUUUAUUAACCAACUAUUAUUUAGUUAUUUUUUGUUUAAAAUGCAUAAAUUGAAAUCAUCUCAAAGAGAAAAAGUGAAAAAGUUUAUAUCGUUUACACAGACUGGUGAAAAUACAGCUAUUUAUUGCCUGACACAGAAUGAUUGGAAGCUGGAUCUUGCCAGUGACAACUACUUUCAGAACCCGGAUGCAUACUAUAAGGAGCCCCGAAGUGUUGACAAAAAGAAACUUGAAUCUCUAUACAACAGAUACAAAGACCCCAAUGAGCCAGACAAAAUCACAGUCGAUGGUAUCAUGAAAUUUCUUGACGAUCUGGGACUGCCACCUGAAUCAAAGCUUGUUCUCAUUAUUGCAUGGAAAUUUAAGGCGGCCACUCAGUGUGAAUUUAGUAGAGACGAAUUUAUGAAUGGAAUGACAGAACUAGGUUGUGACAGCAUUGAUAAAUUAAAGCAGAGGUUGCCAACUUUAGAAAAUGAACUUAGAGAUAGUUAUAAGUUUAAAGAUUUUUAUCAGUUUACAUUUAAUUUUGCCAAAAACCCUAAUCAAAAAGGUUUAGAUCUUGAUAUGGCAAUAGCAUACUGGAAUAUAGUAUUAAAAGGGAAGUUUAAAUUUUUGGACUUGUGGUGCACAUUUUUAGUGGAGAACCAUAAAAGGUCUAUCCCGAAAGACACGUGGAACCUCCUCUUAGAUUUUGCUCAACAAAUCGCAGACGAUAUGAGUAACUAUGAUGAAGAGGGAGCGUGGCCGGUGCUGAUUGACGAUUUUGUAGAAUGGGCCUCUUCAAAAGCAAAAGAAAAUCAACCACACAGCACAAGUCAACUGGAAUAACAUUGUGUGCCAGGAUUUAAUCAGUUUUCGGGCAUUAAAGUGCCUGUUUGAAGAAAGGAUAUCCUGGGUUGUGUAGCAACUUUUGGUAGCAAUACUUUGUUGUACAUACGUAAAUAAUUUCACUUUUAUUCAUGGCAAGGUCUCAUGAGCGUUAUAGAGGGUCGAUUUUUAUUUACAUUAUACCUAGUGUAACAUUGUUUUACAUGUAAAGCUGAAAUUAAAACUCUCUGCACAUCUCUUGACAUUGUGAUUAAUUUUUUAAAAAUUAGGUAUAAACAUAUUUUUUUUAUGUAUUACAUAUUUUCAGUAUAAGAGGAUUAAUUAUAGUUGAAUUGGUGUUUAAAGGUCAUUGUAAAUAUCAUAUUUUUAAUCUA